GUUCUCCCUCGCCGUACACAUUACGUCCUCUUCUCCACGUAUCUGGGGUAUCUGCUGUAUUCAAUCAGCACUCACACGUCGCAAUACCGAACAGAAUAUGUCUGGAUCGAUUAUUCUAUGGGAUCGGGGCUAGGGUUUUGUGUUUUCAAUGCUUUGCAUAUGCUCGUGCCCAUUCAGGCUUGAGUGGCCAAAGAGGGUGUAUUGGGUUUGGCGCGCUGUAGUGUCCUUGCGUGGUAUAGGGUGGAAUUAUCAGAUCAUCCUACAGGAAGCACCUUUCCUCCGAAACUUCAACUCACCGUAUGAAGCGAAUGAUUCGAUUCGCUCCCUUCCGUAUCUUCAACGGGUAGUCUGUGUAGCUACCUGGUUUCUCGGCGGAUACGCUGGGAUUCGUUUCUAUUAUUUUACUGUGGCGCUGGUUUGUGUGAGUCUCGGGGUCUCCGACCCACAAAAUUGGCCGGAGGCUUUCGGGAGUUGGAAGCAGGCGUAUAGCGUAAGGAAUUUCUGGGGGAAAACUUGGCAUCAGUUUAUCAGACGGUUCUGCGUAUCUCCAGGAAGAAAACUCGCCAAAAUGCUCGGUGUAGCACCCAAAUCCCUCACCGCAGCGUCAAUCCAACUCUACGUCGCUUUCUUCGUCUCGGCUUUGUUGCAUUCUCUAGGCGAUUACAUGGUCGGUCGAGAUUACGUUGGGAUAUCAUUUCAGUUCUUCUGUUUGCAACCUUUGGCCAUCACGUUUGCAGAGCUUGUCAAGAUUGCUGCACUGCGACUUGGAUUGAAAAAUAACUUGUCCAAGCCUUCCACUCUACCAGUUCGAGUAUGUACUCCUGCUAAUGCUAGGGCCACUGUGAAGAGAGUGUUUGGCUACAUGUGGGUGGUGUGGUGGUUUACGACGACGGCGCCGUUCUUGAUCGACCCUGCGAUGCAAGCUGGACUUCAUAGAGAUCUGAUAUUUCCGCGUUCCCCUAUACGAUCUGUUGUCAAAAUGUUGUUCAGUGAAUGAAUUAGGAAUCUUCAAUCAAUCAACGUCUGUCAAAGCAUGACUUUACC